AUGUCAAUGGCAACAGAAAAGCGAACACUCGAUCCCGAACAAGUUCAUCAAUUAUGGCUGACUAUAAUUUCCUUGCUCAAACAAGCUCCUAGCUCAUCGAGUGAUGAUGCCGCCACUACCUCCUCCUCCACCGCUACCGCCACUUCCACCCCCAACUCAACGCAGCAAACAUCAGUUUCAAUAAGUGCACUGUCGUCUCAGUUGAAAAGCUUGGAAAAGACUGAAAAUGCUGGCAGCAGCAGCAGCAAGAAGAGCUCAGAUGCUGCUGCUGACUUGACCAUCCAGCAGGCCAUCAAGGAAGGCCUCCUCGUAGUAGCCGCCUCUCCCCUUACAAACGGCGAAGGCCUUACCAAUGGAGUCGGCGGAGAUGCAGCGACGGAGCAGUCAUUUGUCUCCUUACCACUAGCCGAUGGAAGCCAGCAGCCGGUGCCGUCCAGGACGCCCACCAAUGGCUUUGCCCCCCACGACUGGUACUGCUUUGGGUGUCACGUGGUCACUGGGAAGCAGCUGAUCGAGUGCAACUACUGCUGGCGGGUGUACCACUCCGCCUGUGUUCAGCCGGACCACGACUUUGCGGUGAAGCUGGAGCGUGAUAGUCAGGCGGCAGCUGGAGCGGCUGAUUCGCCCAGUCUGGUCAUUCGAGCGCGCAACUUUACCUGUCCCGUCUGUACGCUGACGGCAAAGUUUGCCAAGUUCACCAUUGGAUCUCGCCUGCUUAGUCAAUCGGAGUUCAACCAAAUUCUCUACUACACCUUCCUGGCGUUCAGAUCGAGGGCCUCGCAAAUAUCUCGCAACCUGCUAAAGUUGAAGGAGUUUGCCAAGCUCUCCUCCUCCUCCUCGAUGUCCUCUAACGCUGAUGAGCAAGCAUCCUCCUCAUCCAGCAGCAGCAGCAAUUCGGCGACUUGCGAGCUUAACACCCAACUUGCCUUGCAAUACCUCUCGUACAAACCAGUCGACCUGGCGGAUAUCGAGGAGAAGCUGAACCGGGCUGAGUACCAGUCGAUGGGCGAGUUUCUGGGCGACUGCCUCUCCUUCAAGCACAUGAUUGAGGUGGCGGUGGUCGCCGGGACGGAGGCGGAACACUCGCGACGGCGCAUCAGCGACACGCUCAGUCGAAUGCUCGACUCCUGUCGGUAUGAUCUCAAGGAGAUGCUCGGCUGCAUUGACUGCUACCGCAACUCGAAUCGCAACCAGGACGACAAGUUCUGGUUCUGCCGGCCCUGCGAUCCGCCGCACAUGCUUGUCUUUGCCCGCCAGCGGGGCUACCCCUACUGGCCGGCGAAGGUGAUCUACCCGCGCAGGGCGGAGGAGAUAGGCGCCAAUACCGAGUACGACGUGCGCUUCUUCGGGGGGCAGCACGAGCGGUGCUACAUCACCACUGCCUCCGACAUCAAGGACAUCAACUCCAGUCUGGCAGAGCUGGCCAUUCAAAAGGCGAACCCCUCGCUGGAGAAGGCGCUUGCGGAGCUUCGCGUUCACCGCGAGCUGCUGGAGAAGUACGAACAGGGACUGGACACUGACAUCAACCCGGAGGAUCACGUGGACGGCCACAAGGUGGUGGCGAACAAGAGGGCGAACAAUCGACGCCCCAGUGCUACUGGUGCUGCUGCUGCUGUCAAGAGGAAGCCGGACUCCAGCUCGAGCUCAACUGCCGAAAAGACUGAUGAACAAAGUACAAAAAUUAGCAAAAACAAGAGCUCUAAGGCUCCUCGAAGUCGAAGCAAUACGGUGGAGAGUGAGGCCGCCACCAUUUCGGAGAAGGCUGAGAGCCCAGAAGAUGGAGACAAGGAGCAGGCGAGCGAACCACAACUAGCAGCGGUCUCAGAGGAAAACAGUCAGGAUGUAUUUGAAGAUGCACUGAAGGACACUACUAAUGCUGUGGAGGAAGAAAGUGCUAAGGAUAAAGCAGCAGCCAGUUCGGAUACUGAAGAAGAAACGCCUCCAGAAGAGAAGGAGGAGGAGGAGGCGGCUCCAGUAGCCAAAAAGCCUCGCAAAGCAACAACGAAGAAGAAGAGGAAGAGAGCUGUUAAGGAGGAAGAGGAAGCGGUGGACUCUAAUAAUACUCAGUCGGAAGGUAAAAACAGCAAAGAAGACGACGAUGAGCUGGAUACUGAUGGAAAGCGCCGCAGAGGUCGACCUCGCAAAUACUAUCCCAGUCCUGAUGAGCGCUCCAACAGUUCUAGCGGCACUUCGAAGAAAGGUCGACUGCCAGAGAAGAAGGCCAAUGAGAAGGCGCAGAGGCGAAAGCAAAACAUUGAGCGACAGCGUCAGCUGAUUGCGGAGCGGCGUAAAAAGUCGCAGAAGGGCUCCAUCACACCAAAGCAUAUUCCCCCAGUGACGGCAACUAAAUCUUCGCCUGCAUUCUCUGGAGCGCCCAUCUUCAACACUAGUAUUAUCUCUCCAAUGGGAGGUCGAUCACAGCAAACGCCAAAUCUUCAGAAAAUCCCAUUUUCACCUCAGUUGAACAAAAAGCCCUUUUUAGGUCAGCAGGUGGCCUCGCCGAGUGGCUUCAAUUCGCCUUUAUUUUCAUUUGCCAGCCAAAAUGGAUACAUGAAUUCCACCUUUCCUCUAAAGCAUGAAAUUACCAACUUUCAGGCACAAAUGUACAAUAAUCUACCUCAUCAGUCUGUCCAAAUGCCACCACCACCACCGCCUCUGAAGUUCGAGCCACAAACGAGUAGCUUCUCAAAGUCAAUAGAAGUAGUUACCAACGGCGGCAGCACAACUGAAGUCACCAAAACGAAACUGUUAAAUGGCACAGUCAAUGGCUGUAGGGAGAACAUGGACGAGGAAUCGACGUCCAAAACAGCUAACAAUUUUCCCGAUGAUGACGAUGAUGACGAAGAGCCAUAUCUGUACGACGAUGAUCAGCUGGAAGAUCAAAUCAACGAGUAUGUUACCUAUCAGGAGGAAAAGGAGCAAUUUGAGAAGGUGCAAAAAGAGCAGCUCCAUUGGGCUCACCAGCAACAGUUUAUUCAGCAGCAGCAGCAAAUGUUUCGCCAGAUGCAGUGGCAACAGCAUCAGCAGCAACUGCAGGCUCAGGGUGCUCUUCAGAAUGGUACGGCAAAUGGCCUGAUAGGCUCAAAGAUGCCCCCACCGCCGCAGCCUCCACCUUCUCCUGGCAAGAGCAAGUUUCCCUUGGGCCCCGCUCCAAAGACCUACGUGGAGUUUUCCUCUUCGAGCAUCUACGUGCCGACAAAAGCAAACCAGAAUCUGGUGAACCACUACCUGCAUCAGUACAGCACCAAUAGCGCCUCUAUUCCGCCCUCUCGAAGUGACUACCUAGCCAAGCUAAUGCUGCGAAAGGACGAGUUUGAGCAAAUGGAUCAAGCCCAGGCUGAACUGGAGCAGAAUCAGCCGACACGCAAGCGAGGCCGCCCGCCCAAGACAGCCACUGAAGAUGAUGUCUUUGAGCGAAGUGGCAAGGCCAAGUCAGUUGUCGAAAAGUCCUACCUUCAGGAGUCCUCGUGCGACCGAGCUUGCCUAAUGAAAAAUGUCAAAUCGUUCAAACGGUUCCGCGACUUUGUCGAGUCACAGAAAAAGGAAGAUAUUAUUAAGAUGAAGAAAGAUUUAGAACAGCUGAAGCAAGAGGUGUAUCGCUUAAAGAAUGCUAAAGCAGAACUAGAGGACGAUUUGAAGCGUGAACGGGAAAACAACAAGCGCCUUGAUCCACAGCUUCUGAGCGAUCUUGAGGAGCGUCAUAAGGCGGAAGUUUCCAAAAUUAAACGCAAACAAUGGUGCAUCGUUUGUGAGUCUGAAGCAUCUUUCUUCUGUUGUCCCAGUACCAGCUACUGCUCCCCAGAAUGCCAGCACAAACACUGGUUUUCCGGGCACAGUUCAAAGUGCAACCGCUCUCGUGUUAACAACAGUAGCAAUAGUAGUAAUCCAUCUCCAUUUCAUAAGAAUAACGCAAUUAAACACUAG